AUGGGCUCCGAGCGCUACCCCGUGCAUCACAACGGAAUCUAUCACAACCUCCCCACCUUCGACCCAUCGAUCACCGGCUUAACAGCUAUAGUCACGGGCGCCAAUGGGAUAUCCGGCUUCCACACCCUCCGAGUACUCCUCGAAAGCCCGGAAAGAUGGACCAAGGUCUAUGCAUUGUCCCGCCGCCCUCCGCCGCAGGAGAUGAUGGGCCUGCUCUCCGAAUCGCAGCGCUCGCGCGUGCAACAUGUAGCCGCGGACUUUCUUGAAGAGCCCGCGAGCAUCGCCGAUGUCCUCAGGGCAAACAAAGUCACUGCCGACUACAUCUUCUUCUAUUCAUAUCUCCAGCCCAAGCCCCCGCCAGGCGCCGCCGCCUGGUCCAACGCCGACGAACUCGUCAAAGUCAACUCCGCUCUUUUGGACAACUUCCUCCAAGCCAUCACUAUUGCCGGAAUCACCCCGAAACGGUUCCUCCUCCAAACUGGCGCAAAGAACUACGGCAUCCAGAUCGGUCGCGUCCGCACGCCAGCCGUCGAAUCGGAUCCGCAGCCGUCGCAUCUGGAGCCAAACUUCUACUAUCCGCAAGAACGGUCCCUCUUCGAAUACUGCAAGGCGCAGGGUAGCGCGUGGAAUGUCAUCCGCCCGGCUUGGGUGCUCGGCGCCGUGAAUAACGCGCAGAUGAAUGCCCUCCUCCCGGUGGCGAUAUAUGCCGCUGUGCAAGCGCACAAGGGCGAGCCUAUCGCUUUCCCGGGCGACUGGGAGAUGUGGCAGUAUGAGUCGCAUCAUUCGACAGCCAUGUUGACGGGGUACCUUUCGGAGUGGGCGGUCUUGGAAGAAAAGACCACGAACGAGGCGUUCAACGCCCAGGACACGGGGUCUAUGACCUGGGAUAGACUCUACGAGGCAUUGGCCCGCUGGUUUGGGGUUACAAAGGGCGUUGUGCCGCCUGAAGAGGAUCCGUCCAAGUUUACUGAGUUGGUAGGGAAAGCGGGUGCGGAUACACCGAUGGGAUAUGGCCCACCGCUUGUACAUCGGGCUUCUUUCUCGUUGGUAGAUUGGGCCUCCAAGCCGGAGAACAAGACAGCAUGGUCGCAACUGCAGAAGGAGUCUGGUGGCCAGCUCCGUUCAGAGCCUUUUGACGACGUCGAAGAGAACUUUGUCUUUGGCGACCAGGCCUUCGCCAAGGUGCCCGGUUUGUCGAUGAACAAGGCGCGACGGUUAGGUUGGACGGGCUUUGUGGAUACAUUUGAAUCCCUGUUUCAGGUCUAUGCUGAGAUGGGCGAUCUGGGUAUGUUACCGCGUUUAAAAGUCGACCGACCAGAACCACUUGUCUAA